UCAUUCUCUUCUCUGCUUCACUCGUUGUUGUUGCUCAGCAAUCAGCAUUCAAUGGCUGCUCCUGCAAACGACGUCGUCGCUGUUGAAAGGACAUUGCUCAAGCACGUUCGCGACAACGUCCAUGGCAAUAUUUUCCUUGAGCCGAUUUUCUUGAAAUUUGUUGACACCGAACAAUUUCAGAGACUUCGUGAUUUGAAGCAACUAGGUCUAACUCAUAUGGUUUAUCCUGGAGCUGUACACACUCGUUUUGAGCAUUCACUUGGUGUUUAUUGGCUUGCCGGCAAAGCUAUUGACAUAAUAAAAAAAUACCAAGGCCCAGAGCUUGGUAUUGAACAUUGCGAUGUGAUGGCAGUAAAGCUUGCUGGAUUACUGCAUGAUGUUGGCCAUGGUCCCUUCAGCCACAUGUUUGAGGGCAAGUUCCUUCCCCGGGUCUUUAAUGGUGACAAAUGGUCCCAUGAGAAAAUGUCAGCGAAGAUGAUAGAUUACAUUGUUGAUGAACACAAUAUUGAUAUUGAUCCUGAACUCCUCAAGAAAGUGAAGGAAAUGAUCACUUCAAGCUGUGGCAGUCCUACACAAAAUGGAAAGGGAAACCAGUUCUUGUAUGAUAUUGUGGCAAAUGGUCGCAAUGGAAUUGAUGUUGAUAAGUUUGACUACAUUGUUCGUGAUUGUCGUGCUUGUGGCCUAGGUUGCAACUUUCAGCCUGAAAGAUUGAUGGAGACAAUGCAAGUCAUUGACGAUGAAAUAUGUUAUCGUGCCAAAGAUUAUCUGACAAUUCACAAGUUAUUUGCAACGCGGGCUGAUUUGCAUCGAACUGUCUAUACACAUGCAAAAGUACAAGCAAUAGAAUUGAUGGUCAUAGAUGCGCUGGUGAAAGCAAACCCAUAUCUCGAUAUUGCCUCCUCAAUUCAUCAACCAUCUGAAUUUUGGAAGUUAGAUGACUCGAUUCUUAAAGCAAUUGAGAUUUCUCCUCGAGAAGAGCUCAAGGAAUCCCAAGAUUUGAUCCGACGCAUUCGCAGAAGAGAUAUAUACCAGUUCUGCAAUGAGUUUUCGGUACCAAGGGAGAGACUUGACCACUUCAGAAACAUCACACCCCAGGAUAUUGUUUGUUCCCAGACAAAUGGCAUAAAUUUGAAAGAAGAUGAUGUUGCUGUGAGCAAUGUUAAAAUUGAUUUGACAUACGGAACCGAAAACCCUCUCGAAAGAAUUAAAUUCUUCAAGGAUUACGAGAGCAAAGAAAAGUUCCCAAUCCCAGACUAUCGCAUCAGUCAUUUGUUGCCAGCUUUCAACGAAGACAUCAUAGUGAGGGUAUACAGUAAGAAGCCUGAACUGGUUGGUGCUGUUUCUGCUGCCUUUGAAAAUUAUCAGUACAAGAUAUUUGGAAGAAAAGCGCAAGUACACGAAACUCCUGAGAAGAAGAAACGCGGAAGAUGCCAUAAUUAGUAUGUCUAACCUAUUGACCCCCCUCCCCUUCCCUCCCCCAGCUUUGAAUUUGUAAAUUUCUACUCACAAGUCUCUCUCAGAUCAGACGAUAUACGUAGGUACUAGGUAGUGCUCUUAGUUAAAAUGGUAACCAUUUUACGUAAUGAAUUGUGUAUAUUAUAUGUGUAGAACUGAUAUUGUGAAACGAUUUACAUAGUGGUAUAAUCACAUUCGUUUUUAGAUAU